AAGCUUAAUAGUAGCACUUUGUCUGAGUUGAGCCAUAUACAUAUAUAUAUAUAUAUAUAUUGGUUGAAGAUCUGGUCAAUUAUAUCACUCCGGAAACUACUGCACAAUAUCUAUAAAUGGGUCGGAGGAAAUACUACUUUGACGAAACUGGCAAAUAACAAUAUCAGUAAGUGGUGGGAAAGAGUAGAUGUGGCCACCAUGGACGGUUACAACAACAAUGAGCAACAGCCACCACCGCCGCCGCCGCCUGCUUCUCAUCGCUAUCUUCAUCAGCUCUUCAGUACACCUGAGCUGCACCUCCAACAAACACCCUUAUCGAAUAAUCAUCACCAUCAUCAUCAUCACCAGCAGCAGCAGCAUCAGCACCAGCAUAACAUUGAUGAUCAUUCUCCAGACUCGAAGGAAGAUUCUCCCGACACUGACCCAACAGGCACCGCUUCCGCCUCUACUUCAAGCCGCCGCCCGCGCGGCCGUCCACCCGGCUCGAAAAACAAGCCCAAACCCCCAAUCGUCGUAACCAGAGACACCCCCAACGCCCUCCGAUCUCACGUUCUCGAAGUCUCGGCUGGUUCUGAUGUCGUCGACAGCGUCUCUACCUACGCCCGCCGUAGGGGUAGAGGAGUCUGUGUGCUCGGAGGCAACGGAACCGUCGGCAAUGUCACGCUGCGUCAGCCGGCUUCGCCCGCUGGAAGUGUCGUCACACUACAUGGCCGUUUCGAGAUACUCUCGCUAACCGGGACGGUGCUUCCGCCACCAGCACCGCCUGGCGCCGGUGGAUUGUCGAUAUUCUUGUCUGGGGGACAGGGGCAGGUAGUGGGUGGAGCUGUGGUGGGGCCGCUAGUGGCUUCCGGACCUGUUGUUCUGAUGGCGGCGUCGUUUGCCAACGCGGUUUUCGAAAGGCUGCCGCUUGAGGAGGAGGAGAGUGAAGCUCCUCCGGCAGGGUCGGCGGGUGUACAGCAAGUGCAGCAAUCGACGCCGUCGCAGUCUUCGGGUGUUACUGGGGGUAGUCACCAACCCGGACAGGCGACGGUGGGUGAGGGCGGCGGCGUUGCGUUUUUUGGAAUGGGGUCAGCACCACCAGGAUCAUCAGGAGCUGGGAAUUUUCCAUUUUCGGGAGAUUUGCUGGGUUGGGGACCAGGUAAUACAACAACAACUACUACUACUACUCCACCAAGACCUCCAUUUUAGCAGUCGGUUGUUUAUAUAUAUAUAUAUAAAUAUAUGAGUAUUCUAUGAAGAAGAAGAAGAUGAUGAUGAUAAUGAUGAAACUAAGCUGAGGUAGCCAGCUGCAGGGAUGUACGUAUUCGAUGUUGAUCUUAAUUUAAAACGACGACGAUGAUGAUGAUGAGUUUUAAUGGAGCAAAAAUAAGGCUUUAUUAGCUAGCUGCGAACUACUACUGCUACUGCUGAACACACUUGUAUACAUAUAUAUAAGUGUUCGAUCGAUCGAGGUCAGUAGUACAGUAAGUAAGUGCUUGUGCUGUUGUGUAGUAUAUAUAUAUAAUUAAAACUAAUCAUGUUCUUCUUCAUCUUUACAUA